GAUUGCAGGAAAAUUUUCCUGAUUCAGGAAAAAAACAGACCCCGUUGGCGGGCCGGUCCUGAUUGCGUAGGGUUUUUUUUGUUCGGCAUCCUGUUUUUUCAGCGGUUUUUUUGUAGUGAACUCUGAUCACUCCGCAUGGUUUAUGUAACGCGUCCUGAAAUUUCUGACACUCUAAUGCCUGCUGCAACAACUCCUCCACUCACCUCCCAUCCGUCCAUCUCUUUCCCUCUUUCCCGCCUCAAUGCAAUGGCCUCGUCGUCCAGAAACGAGGCAACUCCAGUGUGUAACGCGCGAGGCACCAUCGGACGGAGAGGAGCGCAUGGGACGGCACGAAUCUCCCACGUCGCUCCUCAUGCCUCGGUCCCAUCCACCUCGAGGCUGGCCCUCCCAUCCCGGACGUGCAUUUAUAGCGUGCCUUCUUUCUGCACUUACCGUCAGCUGAUUUCCCCGUCAGCUGAUUUCCCCGUCAGCUGAUUUCCCCGUCGGUCCUGCUACCGGAAGAGACGUCCGUCAGAACCACGCGGAUCAAGCCGCCGUCGCCGCCAGCAUGGCCGCCCACCGCGCGACUUCGACGCCGAUUCCUCCUUUUGCGCUGCUCAUUCUGGGCCUGGCGCUGCUCGGCUUAUCCUGGCCGUCCAUCGCGUCGUCCAGGCACCUGCUGCAGGAUCCAACGGCGGGGAGCGCGUGGGCGUUCGGCAGCGGCGUGACAUUCAAUUCGAUGCAGAACGUGGGCGUGCUGGACGGCGGCGCCAUCGCGCUCACCCUCGACCUCGCGGGCGGAGCGGGGUUCGAGUCCAGCGACACCUUCAGCUUCGGCACGUUCAGCGUGGACGCCAUGAUGCCCGCUGGCUACUCCGCUGGCGUCUGCGCCACCUUCUUUCUGCAGUCAGGGGACUACGCGCAGCGCAACGAGUUGGACUUUGAGUUCCUGGGGUCGCCCAACUCGUCGGCAGGCAUGACGCUGCAGACCAAUGUGUUCAUGGCCGGUGUGGGCGAGCAGGAGCACCUCUCCGCCUUCGGCUUCGACCCCGCCGCCGCCUUCCACACGUACACCAUCCAGUGGGGCCCCGACCAGACAGUGUAAGGGCCGGCACCCCGAAGCCAUGUGUCCUUGGUCAUGGUUGUGCAGCAUGGGAGUGACAUGCAGCAUUCUGCAUGUGCGCCAUGCUCUUCCUGGUUCCUGUUUUGAACCAAAGUCACAUGCUGCUCACCGUGAUUGCACUCCCAGAUGGCUGGUGGAUUGAGAGACCAGGUGUGUGGUGCGGUGGGCAGCAGCAGCCCCUGCUACCCUCUGACCCCAUGAGGGUGCACUUCAGCAUGUGCCUCGGCUUUCACAUGCUGCCCGCUAAGCAUGCAGGUGGCUGGUGGACGGAGAGAGCCGGCGUGUGGUGGGCAGCGGCAGCCCCAGCUACCCCAGGGACCCCAUGCGCGUGUACUUCAGCAUCUGGGACGCCUCCACGUGGGCCACAGGGCCCAGGACUGCGCGCAUUCCCGUCGACUACAGCCGUGCGCCGUUUGUUGUGACGUUCAAGAACUUCAAGUUCAUUGCAGCUUGACCGGUGCUGCUGACAUCCCUGUGUGACACGAGGAUCGGAGGAUUGUGUGGGGUGGUGUGGUGUGCGUUUUGUCAACUUAUACAUAUGAUGUUCUGUAGAAGUUAUAGGCUAGAAUGGUGUAUGUUCUUAGUGGGUACAACCCCAACACUAUAUCUCCCCUGCACUCCCUUGUUUCAAUCAUUCUACCAGUAUUCUAACACGUAUGGCAUCGCAAGUGGUCCAUUGUAAGCAGGCCUCUCGACAUCAGGGUAAAAUAGGUUGAUGACCCUUACUAAAAGGGUGGGGUGUGGGUUGGUUGGACCCAUA